CGAGCAAUCAGUUCCAGUCCAUUAUUAGAGAAGAUAACAAGUGAUAGAUUCCAGUUUGUGCUUAAACGCAGAAUUUUCUGUUUAUUGAAAUGUUCAAGGAAAUAACUUUACUGUUAGCGAUUCUAUCAACCGUUGCCAUAUGCUUGCCAGCGCAUCAAUCAAAUCUCGGAUUAGAAUCUCAGUCCCAAGGUGACUCACCUGCGCACGCAGUUCACAAUGACCAAGAUGAUCUAGUUGUCGCCGAAUCGGCUCACCAAGGCGGUGGGGGUGGAUUUGGUGGUGGAGGUGGAAGAGGAUUUGGUGGUGGAGGAUACGGCGGUGGAAGAGGGUUUGGAGGAGGGGGCUAUGGUGGUGGUCGUGGUGGUUACGGCGGCUAUCGCGGUUACGGUAGAUAUGGUGGAGGUGGAUAUGCAGGAUUUAUAGGAAACAGGCGAUAUAGAGACUAUGGAAGGUACAGAGGUUACGGGUAUCCUUAUGUAGGAACGGGAAUAGUAGCAGUUGGAAUAUUGGGUCGUUGAAGAUUUUCUUCAAUAACGCGAAAUCAAUACUAUAAAUAUUAAUGUAAAUAAAAAUAACAAUGAUGUUAAAUAAUGCUUUCAACACACAGUUGUUUCAC